UGAAAAUUUGACAUUUUAUUUAUAAGGCCACCUUUUUGGGACUCAUUAUAUAAAGCCCGCUUUAACCAACUAAAAACAGAACAACCCAAGGCAACAUUUUCUUUCUUCACAUCAACUGCACACCCCCCACGAGAAUGGAAUGGACCAGAGGCCGGACAGUCGGCCGCGGUUCAUCCGCCACCGUCUCCGCCGCCACCUCCUGCCACUCCGGGGAUACUUUCGCGGUGAAAUCCGUCGAGCUAUCGCUAUCGGGAAUUCUGCAAAGGGAGCAGAGAAUUCUGUCCAGCUUGAGCUCUCCCCACGUGGUUGGCUACAUUGGGUGCGAAAUUACCAACGAAAGCAACAAGCUCGUGUACAAUUUGCUGAUGGAGUAUUUACCCGGCGGCACGAUAGCCGAUAUAAGUCGCGAUCGCCGACUGAAUGAGCCGGGGAUCGGGUUUUACACCAGGCAAAUUGUUCAAGGCUUAGAGUACCUUCAUUCAAGUGGCAUAGCACAUUGUGACAUCAAGGGUCACAACAUCUUAGUCUGCGAAAAAAGCGGGGCCAAAAUCGCCGACUUCGGUUGCGCCAGGUGGCUGAACGCGGCGGAGGAAGAGGCAGGGAUAGGCGGCACGCCGAUGUACUUCGCGCCGGAGGUGGCGCGUGGGGAGGAGCAGGGGUGCCCUGCCGACAUAUGGGCACUCGGGUGCACGGUAAUCGAAAUGGCCACGGGUGGGCCACCGUGGACACGAGUCGAAAACCCAGUAUCCAUCCUGUACAGAAUUGGGUUUUCAGGGGAGAUUCCGGUUGUACCGGGUUUUCUUUCCGACGAAGGAAAGGAUUUCUUGAGCAAGUGCCUGAGGACAGAUCCGAGAGAGCGGUGGACGGCUAAGCAACUCCUCAGACAUCCUUUUUUGAGGGAAUCCAACUCCGAGGGAGAGCAGAUUCUUGAAUUCGUUUCGGAUUCGCCAACGUGUGUAUUGGAUCAAGGCGUGUGGAAUUCGAUCGAAGAGCGAGAAACUCUUGAUGUCGUUACGUGCGAGGGAAUUCGUUCGGAUUCUCCGGCGGAGAGGAUCGGACGGUUGUCGUCGGGUUCCGGGGUGCCGCAUUGGAGAUGGGAUGGCGAUUGGAUUAGGAUUAGACGCAGUAACAGGGGAGAUGGGAUUAGUGGUGAAUUAGAGGUGGAAAAUGGAAAAUGUUUGAUUACGGUUUCAGAUAGCAGCAAUUUUUAGUUCUAGGACCUGUACAGUAUAUAGGGGUUGUGAGGAGCAGUAUAGUAUAUAUUGAACAUCAUUUCUUGAUAUUUCACAAAAACAGGAAAUCUUUUUUACAGA